AUGGAUGAUGAGGCAGCGGCGCAGGCGGUGAAGCAUGUGAGGACUCGCCGUUUAGGCGCCGUUGUGGUGACCCCCUUGAGCCAGCUGCCUUUGAGGUCCCACACGUUUCCCACCAUGGAUGGCAUCAAGCCCCUGGUGGACGUGGUGCAGUGUGAGGACUGGGUAAAGCCAGCGGUGCAGCAGAUCUUUGGCAGGGCAGUGGUAUGCUCCAGCAUGGAGCUCUGUGAAGAGGUUGCAAGGCAUCAUGGCAUUGAUGCAAUCUCGCUUGAUGGGGACAGGGUGAGCCGCAAGGGCGUUAUCACCGGUGGCUUCCAGGACCCACAGCGCUUUGUCCGCUUGUCUCUGGCAGAGGCCAUCCGGGCUGCAGAGCAGAAGGUGCACCAGGCGCAGCAAAAGCUUCCUGACUUCGACUCCCAGAUCGAGACGUUGACGGAAUCUGUGAAUGGUUUGCACGCGGAGCGCCGCAGCAAGCAGGAUCAGAGGGACAAGGUCCGGGCGGAGAUGCAGCGCCUGGCGGAACAGGUGAAGAGCUCCGAGGAGACCUUGUCGCGCUGUGGCCGGGAGGUGACGGAGCUCCGGGAGUGGCGCCACCGCAUGGAGGUCCUCAUCCGGGAGUGCGAGGCUUCGAUCGAAGCCAAGCGAACUGAGAGGGCCUCGCGAUCCUUGAACGGCCUUACGGCAGCGGAGGAGAGGCGACUGGAGGAGUUGACGGGGCAACUUCAGGAGCUGCAAACUCAGGAGGCUCAGGCGCAGGAGACACUCAAAGCGCUGCAGACGCGCUUGGAGGAGAAGCAGGCGCAAUUGGAGUCGUCUUUGCGGCCUCGGCUGCACCUGCUGGAGCUGGAGGUGGCCAGCACUACCCAGGAAGAGACGGCGGAGCGGGCCGAGGAGGCUGUGCAGGCGCAGAGCCGCUUGGAGCGCGAGCACAGCGAGGCCGCAAACCGCUUUGCCAAGGAGACGCAGGAGCUACAGAACCUCCAGGAGCGAUGCGAGCAGAGCCAGAAGCAUAGGGAGCAGCUGGCUGCGGAGGAGCAGCGUGCCACGGAUCAGGCAGCACAGGCUUCCGUGCGCCUGGACCAACUUACCUCCGAGCAGACGGCACAGAAUGGCAAGAAAGCAGAGGUGGACACAAAGCUCCAGGGUCUCGCCGCGGCGCCAGCAGAAGUAGAGCAAUGUAGGCAGCUUCCCAAAGGGCAGCUGGUGCAGGAGCUCUCCGAGGCCACGAGGAGGCUUCAGGGCUUCCAGCAUGUGAACCGCAAGGCCGUAGAGCAGUAUGAAAACUUUUCGGAGCAGCUGGUGGACCUUCGGGCUCGCAAAGAGCAGAUUGAAGCUGGGGAAGCUGCAAUCGCGGAGGCAAUCCAACAGAUCGACGCGCAGAAGGAAGAGUCCGUGCACCAGACCCUCAGGAAGGUGAAUGGUAACUUCCAGCAGGUUUUCAGUGAGAUGGUCCCAGGUGGUGUGGGGCAGCUGCAUGUCGCCCGGCGCGAGGGCAACUCCAGCACGCAGGAAUCCCAGGAGCCAGGCUUGGGGGACAUCGUGGGCGUGCGCAUUGAGGUGUCCUUCACGGGCCAGGCUCAAUCCUUCCUGUCUAUGAACCAGCUCUCAGGUGGCCAGAAGACGGUGGUAGCCCUCAGCCUCAUUUUUGCUAUCCAGAGGUUGGAGCCUGCUCCCUUCUACUUGCUGGAUGAGGUGGACGCUGCGCUGGAUGCCUCCUACCGCACGGCCCUGGCCAACCUGAUUGCUCGCACUGCCAAGACCUCCCAAGUGAUCCUCACUACCUUCCGGCCGGAGACCUUAGAGAAGGCAGACCGCUGCUACCGAGCCACAAGCGAGUCGCCCGGGAAGACUGCAGUGGCACUGCUGGCGCAGCUACGAAGAUCCCUUCGAACAAGUCGGAUGUUCCUUGACAGCGUGCACACAGAGCUCUACAGUGACCUUGGCCUCCUGCUUCUGUUCAUCGGCGGCAUAUUGGGCAUGCACUUUCUCUAUUAUGAGGUCGCCAUGCUGAAGAAUCCCUCAAAUCGCUCGUUUGGACUCCAAAUCCUUGUUGCAGUGGCGUCCUCUUUCUUUCUUGGCCUGGGCCUUUUCUUUCUCUACGCCUGGGCCGGAUUGUACUCGUGA